CUGAUCCCAGGACACAUUUAACCGUUUGAGCUCCUCAGGAGAGAUGAGUGGCUGAACUUGGACUCAAUUGGAUUUCUGACACGGACGACAUGCAUGUGUACGUGUGCGCGAGCUUCCUCCUGUUGGCUCUUCCUCCACAAGUGAGCUGCCAGGCCGGACCCCGGGUCCACGCUGAGGAGAAGCUCCUCCGGGAACUCUUCGUUCACUACAACAAGCUCUCCCGCCCGGUGCAGAACACCUCGGACACGGUGCUGGUACACUUCGGACUCUCCAUCGCCCAGCUGAUCGACGUGGAUGAGAAGAACCAGAUGAUGACCACCAACGUCUGGGUGAAGCAGGUAGGUGACUGCUCCGUCCACGAGCUGCACGCGAUUGCGGAGCGGCGCUGGCUGAAGUCGAUCGAUGCUCCUCUGCAGGAAUGGAACGACUACAAGCUCCGCUGGAACCCUGAGGAAUAUGAGAAUGUCACCUCCAUCCGCAUUCCCUCGGAGAUCAUCUGGAGGCCCGACAUCGUCCUCUAUAACAAUGCCGAUGGAGACUUUGCGGUGACUCAUCUAACAAAGGCGCAUCUGUUCUACGACGGCCGCAUAAAGUGGAUGCCGCCAGCCAUCUACAAGUCGUCCUGCAGCAUCGACGUCACCUUCUUCCCCUUCGACCAGCAGAGCUGCAAGAUGAAGUUCGGCUCGUGGACGUACGACCGCGCCAAGAUCGACUUGAUCAGCAUGGCCAGCGACGUGGACCAGAUGGACUACUGGGAGAGCGGCGAGUGGGUCAUCGUCAACGCCGUCGGCAAAUACAACACCAAGAAGUACGAGUGCUGCACGGAGAUCUACUCCGACAUCACUUACUAUUUCAUCAUCCGGAGGCUUCCGCUCUUCUACACCAUCAACCUGAUCAUCCCCUGCCUGCUGAUUUCCUGUUUGACCGUCCUGGUCUUUUACCUGCCGUCGCAGUGUGGGGAGAAGAUCACCUUGUGCAUCUCCGUCCUGCUGUCGCUGACUGUCUUCCUGCUGCUGAUCACUGAGAUCAUUCCCUCCACGUCGCUGGUCAUCCCUCUGAUCGGAGAAUACUUGCUCUUCACGAUGGUCUUUGUCACGCUGUCCAUCAUCAUCACCGUCUUUGUUUUGAACGUUCACCAUCGGUCGCCACAAACCCACGGGAUGCCACAGUGGGUGCGACGGGUGUUUUUGGACUUGGUGCCCAGAGUUCUUUUCAUGAAGCGCCCCCCGGGGACCGCCAAGCAGAACUGCAAGAAGCUGAUCGAGAUGAUGCACUGUCCAGGAGCGACGCCGGCAGGUGGGAACUCGCAAGCCUUUUGGCUGGGGCUGGAGACAGGGCUGAGGCAGCUGGGAGAGCAAGAGAACAACAUCCCCAAGUCUCCCUUAGACAGCCCCAAGAUCCUGGUGUGCUCGCCAUCGCCCCCAUCCUCGCCUCUGAAGGACCCCAACAGCACAGACAACCUGUUUAAGGCUUCUAUUUUUACCUCGAGGGAGUAUACAGGUGUCGCAGAGAAGCUCAGACGAGGACUCAAUUCUUCAGCGUCCUCUUCCUCUCAAUUAUCUCUGCCCCCCACUUUGCAACUCGGGCCCCUCCAGAGCCGGAAGGAAACCCACACCCUCGCCCCGAACGGCCGCUCUCACAGCGUGGAACAGAUGUGCGAGCACCGGAGUGAUGCCCCUCACAAAUCUGGGCAUCUGUGUCGCUCCCGUAGUUUUCAGUACUGCUGCCUGCAUGACGAAGUGCCAGGGACCACAGCGGCCCCCGGGCGAGUGAAGACACAAGUUUCUACUGAUCACUCAGCAGAAACUAUCAAAACAGAGGCCACCAAGGUCUCCAAGCCUCUGGUCCCAGUCAUCUCGCCAGCUAUGCAACGAGCCAUCGAGGGGGUUCAGUAUGUUGCAGAUCAUCUGAGAGCCGAGGACGCAGACUUCUCAGUGAAGGAGGACUGGAAGUACGUGGCCAUGGUCAUCGACAGGAUCUUCCUGUGGAUGUUUGUGCUGGUGUGCAUCCUGGGAUCUGUGGGACUCUUCCUGCCGCCCUGGCUGGCCGGCAUGAUCUGAGCCGUCUACACAUCACCUCUUCCUGUUUUCACUCUCUGGCACGGAUGAUUGAAAGCUGAAAUAUCUAUUGAUUCACCUGGGUUUAUGAAUUCUUUAUGAGGGCAAAAGGCCACGAGUGGAAGAUACCCUUCAGCGUCGCCCCCACUUGACUUCAAGCUAAGUGUGGCUCCGCCUGGACGUUUGGAGGAUUGACCAGGGCGGCACCACAUCUGCAGAGUGAGUUGCUGUUCAUGUUCAUGGAGCACACAUCAUCACCACCUGGACACUGACGGUAUAUGAGACCUGCUUGAGAUCGCAACAUUGAAUUUACUCAUGUUAAGAUCUUAAGACAACAUGCCCUCGGUGAGGUACACUGCACACAGCGCACCUGGUCUAACAGUUUUUACUUCAAAAGUCCAUGAUGGGAAAGGACGUCCUUAAAAUCAUCACACCAGACACAUAGCAACUGACACAUUCUUGAUCGUGGCCACUAGCAUGUAGAUGCCAGCCCUAAAUCAGCGCGACUAACUGCAGAAACUGAUGCAGUUUUGGGUUCAAAAUGCUGGUUUACUUGUUUGGUUCCUGCAUCCCAACUUUACAUCAGGUUCCCAAAAACCACAUAUUCAAAUGAAAGUUGACUUUGGCAGGUUCAGUGUGAAAUUCAGCCUGACCUUCAGUCCCCAUAUUGAUCUUCAGUUCCACAUACAACAAGCCUUGAACCGCACAAGCUCCAUAUAGCUCCAUCUUUCGCUGCAGGAGUCGCUAACAUUUGACUGUGUGAGUCCUGCAGUUCCAGCAAACAGGUGGUUUGUUCGUGAAAACUGCUCCACUUCGUGCGUUGGUCUUGGUCACUGUGAGGGCGACUCUGUGGGUUUUUUUGAAAUGUUCCUGUGAAAUAAAAACU